AAUUUUUCAGAAUUUUUCGAAAACGUUCGUAUUUGGUCAGAAAUUCAGCUAACCAAAGGGCAGAAGACGCAGCAAGCCGGCGGCUGGAUGUGGAGCAGCGCCGGGGCUGGGGCUGAGCCCGCCGGCGGCUGGAUGUGGAGCACGACGAGCGCGCCGUCAGGGCCGGGCGGCGCACGCACGGGGCCCGGCCAGGAGGCGCAUGUGGCACGGGGCUCGCGUUGCGCAGGCGUGUCCGAUCUCGGGCCAUGGUGUCAUGGCGGCCAGCCUCGAGCAGGGUCCUGUUUCUAAGGGGGAAAGAGGGGCCAUGGCGCCAUGGCGGCCAGCCUCGAGCAGGAGCAGCAGCAGCGUCACAUCGUCCUCCGCCGGCCGCAGCUCACUCUGUGUAGGAUAUACCAUGAGGUCACCAUAUAGAUGCUCCUUUUCAGUUUUCACUAUAGAUGCAGGAUAUACCAUGAGGUCACCAUAUAGAUUAGUAGCCUUAGAUAUGAAAUGGGCGAUAUACCAGAAGUUCACCAUAUAGAUUGGUAGGCUUAGAAAAAUAUAAGCAUGUGUUUCGCCAGUAGAUACCUAGGUGAUGUAAAUCUGAGUCACUGCCUCACCAGCUGUGUCGAUCUCAUCUUUGGAAACUACUCCCUCCGUUCCUAAAUAUAAGUCCUUUUAGAGAUUCCACUAUAGACUACAUACGGAGCACAAUGAGUGAAUCUACACUCUAAAAUAGAUCUAUAUACAUCCGUAUGUAGUUCGUAUUGAAUUUUUUUCUCUAAAAGGACUUAUAUUUAGAAAUUGAGGGAGUAUGAUUUAUGUUUGCAUGGUGACUAUAUAUCCUCGAUAUAGCAAUGAAAUGUAGUGCCAACCUUUGCCAAUUGAUCCCAGAUCAAUGGUUUUCAUUAUCUUUUGUUCCUUGUUUCAAUGAUUGUGGUACUUGGUUAAAUUAUUUGAGUGAUUGUAAUACUUAUAAGAAUGAUUAUGUUGUUUAGUAAUAAAAUUGUGUGUUCCAGGAGUACCCAAACCAACUAAAGCCCAAAUGAAAUCACUUAAAUAAGUGCUCAGAUAUCAUAAAUAACCAGCGCAAAUGAAAUCACUUAAGAGCACUAGAAGUUAAUUCAAAUUUUUGAUAAGUUCAAUCUGGAUAUAUUCCAGGCCAGUAACUCACAACUUCACUGUGUUGAGGACAGCAGGUCAGUCAACCAUGGUCAGCGUUCUCUAUCAGGAGACAAAAAAUCAGAACGGAGUGACAGUUGAGCUGGCCUGACAUGGUUCCUGAAAUGAAGAUGCCUGCGUCAAUCUAAACUCGGCCAGCUGGGUUAGUGAACGGCUUACCUGAUUGGCGGCACAUCCUUCAGAGUUAAUCGCAUCCUAGUUUGUGGCCUUUGUCAUGGAGAAGUAGAGGCAUAAUUCUCUAGUGCAGGAUCCAAUCCUGCGGAGUACAAAUGUGAAAUAUGACCCCGCACCAAUUCUGGCUUUAUAUCACUUAUCGAAAGUAGUGGAUGGAACCAAACAAAUACACAACUACUCGUAUAACCCCAAAACCAUGGGUGUAGCUACUGGAAAGGUUUAUCCAUCCUUUUCUGUAUGAAGUGGAAUAAAGGGAGAAUUUCCUGCCCACCAUGCAUCUUCCUUUUUAUCGUCCAGUUUUUCCAUUUGCUUUCAGUGUGAAAGCAUGGUGAUGACACUGUUUCUCUUCUUCCUUUUUGGUAGGAUGCCUGUUUCGUCCAAUCUUUGCUGUUAGCCUUUCCUGACAUUGUUUUACGAAUGUGAGAUGUGGAGAAAAGGAGCCGAUAGUUGAGCUUCUGUGGUUCAUCAGAUGAUGGAUCUAUCUGAGCUGUCAAGCUUUAACGAUCUUACAUCUUUUUCUUGCAUCUGAGAUGCUUGUAGUUGUUUUUACAAUCAAACUUAUUUAAUUGUAGGAAGUGUACAGCUCUCAUUGAUUGGACAUCAAGAUAUAUACACAUGUAUGUAUUACAUAUUUUAAAACCCAUCCGAUGUUGAAAUGGGUAUUACCUUCUUUCCCCAUGUGUUGGGUCUGUGCAUGUUUUAGUUCCCCACUAUUCCUGUCUUUCGGAUAAAUGGCUAUAACAGUUGUCUGAUGACUUUGUAACAGCCAAUUUUCAUUCAGAAAAAAACAUUUUUUAAAGGUUUCUCCAAUCAUUGUCUGAUUCACACCCACUUUUCUUGUAGUGGGAAGUUCCUGUUUCUAUUCUACCUGUACCAAUCAAUCCAAUCAUCCAUAGCAUUCGAGAGUCGUAGCUCUAAGCUCAUUGACGCUGACAAAUUUCUAUGCUUCAAGAAAAUUCAGCUGUAGUAGGAAAUACGUUUUUUCAGGAUACAGAAACUACGCCCUGGAGAUUCAUUCUGUGUAACAUAGUAAACAGCUUCAAUCUUCAACACAGUGUAACGUUUUAGUUUGUCAAGAACCAAUCUUUAGAAGGUUUGCACAGAGUUUAGUACUCCCAGCUAUUUGUUAUGUAAGAAUAAAUGUCCUUUCUGUUUCUUAUUCGCAGGGAAUUUUAGCUGUUGAUGUCAUUUUAUAGUCACUUAAAUUCCUUCAAAAUUCUUUAGUAGUAAAUAUCUUGUAAAGGUAGAAUUUUUUGAUUUAGUGAAUAUGUUCUCCUUGCAUUAAACGUUCAUCGUUCCCUCAUUAACUUUUAAUUUAGCCAAAUUGCUGGAUCCCUGCUCUCUGACAAAUAUCUUGUAAAGGUAUUUCGUAAAUUUCAGUGGCAGACGUGGUUUCUUUAUUUGUAAAAGAUUAACAGUGUAAUUGGAUAUUUAUAAUUGUAUCCUAUCUAGAAAUGUUUAUUUAUCUUAUUUCUAGGUUUGCUUAUUUGGGAACAUGUUCUAGGGCACUUUACUUCUGCGCAUUUCUGCGGUGCAGCGUCAUCAUAUUCUGAAAUCCUUUUCCUGUCUAGGGUGUAAACCACACAAGCCACAUGAAAGAGAACUCAUAGAUCAACUUGCAGAAUUUGUAGUUGGGUUUUUAUUUGAUCAGUUUCAUGAAAAAGAAAAGUACUUUGUCUUUUUGUUAUGCUUUAUUCACAGGACAUUAUCAAUUAGAAUAAAGAUUUUGCAUGCAUAAAUAAAAUUCUGUUUCCCUCUAUAUAUACGGCCUCCUUCGGUUUGCAUGUCUCAUUGCAGCCAUCUCAAUUCUCUCUGUGUGCUUGUACUGACAUAUAAGGCCAACUAUGGACUACUCAAAUUUGCGUCGCCAAAUUACCUUCAUGAAGAAAAGUUUCUUUGAUCAGGGUUACCUUGAUGAACAGUUCAAUCAGCUGGAAGAACUGCAGGACGAAUCAAGCCCCAAUUUCGUUGAGGAAGUUGUGGCUUUGUUUCUGAAAGAUUCGCCGAGAUUGUUGUCAAACAUAGAACAAACAAUUGGGAAGUACCCUCAGGAUUUCUACCGGUUAGAUUCUCUUGUGCACCAGCUCAAAGGCAGCGGAUCCAGCAUUGGAGCAGUGAGGAUGAAGAACGAGUGCUCGGUGUUUAAGGCACACUGCAAUGACAGGAAUCUGGAAGGUGUGUCCAUGGUUGUGCUUCAGAUGCCGCAGGUCACUGCAGAAGAUGAAGAGGGAGCAUGCCACUCUGAAGCAGAAGCUGGAGUCAUAUUUUCAGUUACUGCGGCAAGUCGGGCCUCGCGAGCAUGCCGUGAACUCAAGGAAGUAAGAAGAUAGCAUAUGGAAUGCAGUUCCAAGGGAACUAAGGGACCAAGCUACCUCUCUCCCUUGGGAGCUUUUAUCAUCCAUAAUUUUUGCUUGCUUUUAACCUGGGCCCUUUUGUCGUUCAUGGGUGGCCUAGUUCUUUGUUGUGUGAAGCUUGCUCAUGCAUACACAGCCCCUGCCUUGCUGGGGAAUGCCAUGAUGUAAUCUAACUCCUUUCUUUUACGAAUACGCAAAGCUUGCUUUCGCGAAUCACGUGUUGUACCACCCCUAUGUAAUCUAACACCGAGUAGUUGUGCCCCAAAUAUAAUGAUACUAAUAUGAGUUGUGCCA